AUGGAUGGUAGGCGUUCGAGGAUUGAUACGGAAGAAGUUGGUCGUCGUGCUAGGGUUUCUGAUGACGAUGACCAUAAAAGCUCGCGAAGAGAUCUCGAGAUUGGCGGAGAUGACCGGAAAUCGAAGCGAGACGGGAAAGGAAGCGAGAGAAGCCGUGCAGAUAAGGUUAGAUCCGAUAGUUCUUCUGAUGAUGAUAAAGAAAGAGAUAGAGGUAAUAGAAUGGAGGUAGAUGAUGAUGCUGAUGCUGAAAAGAAGGUAACUAAAGGAAGAAGCAAGGAUAGAGUUAGAGCAGACACUUCUUCUGAUGAAGAAGAAGAGAAGCGUCCUUCAAAGGAUACUGAAGAUGGAAGAAAGAGUCGUAGGGGUUUGGACGAUGAAGAUGGUGAUUUGAAGGGGAAUAAAAAGGUGGUUGAGGAAGAUUAUGAGAGGAGAGGAAGGAAGAGAAGUCCCAAUGACAGGGAUAAGCGUCAUAGGAGCAGCAGAGUCAUAGCAGAUAAACCUUCUGAUGAAGAAGAUGAUAGGCAGAAGAACAGGAGAGGUAGGCGUGAAGUCGAAAGGAAACGUCGAGAUCAUCGAGCUUCUGAAGACGAUGAGGAAGGUGAAAUUAAGAGUGGCAGAAGAGGAGACGAGAGAAGGACUGAUGGGCAUGAUAACGGGAAUCGGCGGAGGGAUAUUGAAAGGAAGGAUAGGUAUCGGAGAGACGAUGGAGUUAGAGAUGAAAGGGAGAGGAGACAAAGUGAUAGGUAUGAUGAUAGUCAAAGAGACAAGGUGAGAAAUGAAGAUAGCAGGAAAAGGGAAGAGAAGAUUGAAGUUGCAAAGCCUAAGGUGCCUGAACUCAAUCCAUCUGGGAACAAUGCUAUGGCUUUGGGAAAAACUGGUGGAGUUUAUAUUCCUCCGUUCAAGCUAGCACGCAUGAUGAAGGAGGUGGAAGACAAGAGCAGUGUAGAGUAUCAACGUCUUACAUGGGAUGCUCUUCGUAAAAGUAUUAAUGGGCUGGUGAAUAAGGUUAAUGCAAGCAACAUCAAGAACAUAAUUCCUGAACUGUUUGCGGAAAAUCUCAUCAGAGGAAGGGGUCUUUUCUGCCGUUCGUGUAUGAAGUCUCAAAUGGCAUCUCCUGGAUUCACUGAUGUCUUUGCAGCUUUGGUCGCUGUUAUUAAUGCCAAGUUCCCUGAAGUUGCUGAACUUCUAUUGAAAAGGGUCGUGUUACAGCUUAAGAGAGCGUUUAAGCGUAACGACAAGCCCCAAUUGCUUGCUGCGGUAAAAUUUAUAGCACAUCUAGUAAACCAGCAAGUUGCUGAUGUGCUCAUUGCACUUGAAUUAUCCCAUGUACUUCUGGAAAACCUGACUGAUGACAGUGUCGAGGUUGCUGUUGGGUUUGUGACAGAGUGUGGUGCGAUGCUUCAGGAAAAUGCACCAAAAGCAUUGAAUGGAAUUUUUGAGCGGUUUCGCGGUAUACUGCACGAGGGAGAGAUAGAUAAGAGAGUUCAGUAUCUGAUUGAAAGCCUCUUUGCCACUAGGAAAGCAAACUUUCAGGGACAUCCAGCUGUUCGUCCUGAGCUAGAUCUCGUGGAGGAAAAAUAUUCACACGAUAUCUCUAUUGACGAUGAAAUAAUUCCUGAAACUGCUCUUGAUGUUUUCAAACCUGAUCCUGACUUCAUUGAGAACGAAAAGAAAUACGAGGCUCUGAAGAAGGAGUUACUUGGUGACGAGGAGUCUGAGGAUGAAGAUGGCUCUGAUGCUAGUUCAGAGGAUAAUGAUGAGGAGGAAGAUGAAUCUGAUGAAGAAGAUGAAGAACAGAUGAGAAUAAGAGACGAGACAGAGACUAAUCUUGUUAAUCUCAGGAGGACAAUAUACCUGACCAUAAUGUCCAGCGUUGAUUUUGAGGAAGCAGGUCACAAGUUACUAAAAAUUAAACUUGAACCAGGUCAAGAGAUGGAACUGUGCAUAAUGCUCCUGGAAUGUUGCUCUCAGGAGAGAACAUAUCUGCGCUACUACGGUUUAUUGGGUCAGCGUUUCUGUAUGAUCAACAAAAUUCAUCAAGAGAAUUUUGAGAAAUGUUUUGUUCAACAGUACUCCAUGAUCCAUCGUCUGGAGACAAACAAGUUGCGUAAUGUGGCCAAGUUUUUUGCCCAUUUAUUGGGCACAGAUGCUCUCCCCUGGCAUGUGCUUGCCUACAUUCGGUUAACCGAGGAAGACACAACUUCCUCAUCUCGUAUCUUCAUUAAGAUUCUUUUCCAGGAAUUGUCAGAACACUUGGGGAUUAAGCUGCUUAAUGAGAGGCUUCAAGAUCCAACAAUGCAGGAAUCACUUGAAUCUAUCUUCCCAAAAGAUAACCCGAAGAACACGAGGUUUGCAAUCAACUUCUUUACCUCCAUUGGUCUUGGAGGCAUCACAGAGAAUCUCAGAGAGUACCUGAAGAACAUGCCGCGUCUCAUCAUGCAACAACAGAAGCAAGUUGCGGAAUCAGAAUCAUCAUCUGGAUCCGACAGUUCUGGUUCCGAGUCUGAAUCUGAGUCGGAUUCAUCAUCUUCUUCUAGCUCGGAUGAAAGCGACAGAGAGAAGAGCAAGCGAAGAAGAAGAUCUUGA